UCAUAUUAAUACUCGUAAUACAAAGCUUUAUUUUGGAUUUUUUUCUGAUGAUCUACAAGGUGCAACAACAAUUUCACUCAAUCAAUGGAUACAUACAGCAUUUGUUUUUGAUGCAACAACAAAACAACAAACUAUCUGUUUAAAGGGAGUUCAAGAUGGACAGGCUAGUGCUUCCAGUGCACUACUAAUGUCAUCGGGUAAUUUUACAAUUGGUAUGAAUGAACAAGUGAAUACUCCGAAUAACUAUUAUCAAGGUUAUAUCGAUCAUUUAUCAAUCAAUCGACGAGCAAAAUCAUCUUGUGAAAUACUUGAAAUAGCAACAUUAGCUGCUCAUUUUGAAUUUGAUAGUGCAUCAUCAUAUACUGAUUCUGGACCUAAUGCAGUAGCAAUUACUUCUUCAACUACUUCGAUUAUCUCUGGUUAUAAGAAUGAAGCUAUAUUAUUCUCUGGUUCAUCAACUUCUUAUUUCCAAGCUUGGGGUUUUACUUCACUUGGUAUCAGUAAUCAAGCAUUUUCCAUUAUAUUUUGGAUUAAACCUCAAACAUUGUCAGGUACACUUGUUCAUUUAUCAUCAUCUCCAUCAGGCAAUGGAUCUACAUGUUUUUCAUUAUUGGGUUUUGCUUCAAAUGGAGCAAUCAUUGCACAAGUCUUAACAAAUAAUGGCACAAUUGGUUGA